AUGCCGCCACGAGCAGGCUCGUCAUCGCCCUUGACUUUCGUGGCCAAGUGCUGCUGUGCUAACGCCAGCAAUGUACUGGUGGCUCGGCCAGCCGCUCAAGUGGUAGCCUGUCAAUUCUCCACAACGUCGCGUCAAUCAAGGAGGACAAGGGCGCAACAUGACUUCUACCGCUGGUUGAAAGGUCGAGGUCUCCCGUUCCGGGAUGCCCCUAAAGAUGGUCCCCGAUACGUGAGUCAGCAAUCGGAUCAGCCUUUCCCGCUGAAUCCCCAUUUCAGAAGUCAACCUGUGUUGAGUGAAGACAUGAGGGAGGAGGUUUACAGGCGGAUCAAGACCCAGAACCAAUCGCUGAAGUCUGUCUCAUCCGACCUUGGGGUUGAUGUUCGACGAGUUGCUGCCGUGGUACGCAUGAAAGAAAUAGAGAAGCAGUGGGUUAUUGAGUCUGCUUACAUUGUGAAUCGACAGCGCAAACCUUUGGCGAAGCCCUACGCUAGAGCGAUUCUCGGCAUGCUCCCUCAAACCCCACUGAAUCUCGAGAGACCCGAGAAUCAGGUUCCUCAUGAGCCGAUCAACGAGAUUCACGUACACAAGCUCACGAUGCAACAACUCUUUGUGCCUGUGUCUGAGUCUCGUCAAUUCAACAGAGAAGAUGCCGCCAAGGCCUUCCACAGGAACAUGCUUUCUACAGACGAACGUUCCCCUCUGAAGGAGCUCGUAACGUUGAGAAAAGAUAUUGCCAGUGGCAUCCCACGGAAUAAGGCUGCUGAAAAAUUCAGAGCAACCACGAGGGCUGAGGAAGACAGGCUAAUCGAGAAAGAACGCCGACGUUUGGAAAAGGCGGAGGAGGAUACCAAGCGUGUGGACACUGGACGCUUCGAGUUCAGAUUUAAGGAAAUGAACGUUGAGGACGUCGGCAAGGACGGCCGCGGUAAGAAGGCUGUUGGGUGGAGAUACGGCGUACCAUUCUACGACCGGAGGAAGGGCGAAUUUAAGCUACCAACAUCAGUUCCUUGA